AUGUACGGAGGAACCUCGAGGAUGACGGAGAAAGCAGAGCCUCAGCGUCAAGAGAGAAGCAGCUGGACUACACGUCUUUGGAGGGCGGGAGGGAUCCUUCAGGAUUCUACAUCUGAGAGACUCGUGGACUCGGGUUUGCAUCAAGGGCCGUUUGGGCUUGGUGGUGACUCGCCAGAAAGGGCUCCAGACUGGAGCUGGACAUUAUUCGCACCCACUGCCGCGGUAGGUGACGUGAGACGUGAAGCUUCACAUCUACCAGAGGCGGCUGCCACCAUCUCGGGAAGCUUCGUGGUGGCUCUCCAUGCGAUAUAUGUAGCACGAGGCGCACGAACUACAACGGGCAAGAGGGAAAACGAAGAAGCACGCGCAUCACCAACGCAUCAAAUCUCCCACGCCUUCUUCACGCCGGUCCACAAGGGACCAACCGCAAUGAAAGUGAUUCCAGAGGAAGAAGAUUACAAAAAUUCCCUCACCAGGCGAACCCAAUGA